AAAUACUAAUCAAAUUGUUGUUGUGAUGCUUCUGGAGCCGCGACCUUUUCGGCCGUUUAAGACAUGCGGAGAGUACUUGUAUGCCAUGAAAGAAGAUUUAGCCGAAUGGCUAAACACAUUGUAUGAACUGGACAUCGAUGUCGACAACUUCAUGAAACAAUUGGAGACCGGAGUAGUCCUCUGCAGACAUGCUAAUCAUGUGCUGAAGAAAGCGCGUGAAUUUGAGGCCAAUGGUAGUCAAUGUCUUGAUAUAACGAUUCCGAAAAAAGAUGUCAUAUAUCGUGACGGUGUAAAUCCGGGAACAUUCCGCGCGCGCGACAAUGUAUCCAAUUUUAUUAGUUGGUGUCGACUGUUGAACAUUCAUGAGUGCCUUCUCUUCGAGACCGACGACUUAGUUCUUCGUAAAAAUGAAAAAAGUUUUAUAUUAUGUCUUCUGGAAGUCGCCCGAAGAGGUUCUAAGAUAGGUAUUUUAGCGCCGACUUUGAUCCAAUUGGAAGAAGAAAUCGACAGAGAGUUGGCCGAAGAUUCUGCCGACAAAAACAAUGACAAAAAUGAUGACAAUUUAAUAAAACCACAAAUCAUUACAAAUGAUCUCAAGUCACUUCAUGAAAGGGUGGUCGAGUUGUUAUCCCGGUGCACGUGUCCCACACAGUAUAACUUGGAGUAUAUAUCUGAUGGAAAAUAUAGGAUUGGCGACACAAAAGUGCUUAUAUUUGUCAGAAUAUUGAGAAGUCAUGUAAUGGUAAGAGUGGGCGGCGGAUGGGAUACACUCGAACACUAUCUAGAAAAACACGAUCCCUGUCGAUGUCGAUCGGGUACUCGACGUAGUGGUUCACUACCGGAUUCAUUGGGGAGUUCGGCCCCACAUUUCCGAGUCCUACGGGACCCCAAUGCUGGUCAACGCGUUUCCCUGUUUCGGGUGUCAUAAAUAA